AUGGCCACUUUUGCCAAGGAAGCUCUCGAGUUGAUACAUGCCUUGCAAGGCCUUCGCACGUCAAGUUACAUUGAUACCGCAAGUUUCGCGAUAUUGGGAUAUGACUACCUGCUGACUUUCGAAGACGAACGUACACUGAUAUGGCCAUCUAACUGGUCGGCCGGAAAAGUUCUCUUCGUCCUGACACGAUACCUGCCCUUUGUGGAUUUAUCAAUAACUGCUUCACAUCACUUCAGGACUGGUUUGACUCCUGAAGAAUGUUCACUUGCAUACAAGAGUGCGGGAUGGCUAAUCAACAUAGGAAUCAUAAUUGCAGAAUUAAUUCUUGUUCUCCGGACGUGGGCAAUAUGGGAGAAGAAUCGAAAAGUUACCAUUACACUUGGCAUAUGGGCUAGCCUAAGCCUUAUCGCUGAUGUCGUUGUCAUGUGCCUGUUCAUGAGAUCCAUUGAGUUCUCAUCAUUACCUGCUGGUCUUUCAGGAUGCCUCGUCACGUCUGGGAAUACUCUCAUCGUCGGCGUUUGGAUUAUUCUUAUGGUUUAUGAAGCAGGAAUUAUAGCAUUGAUGGUACUGAAGGUUGUUCAAAUGUUCAGAGAGUUUGUGGAUAAAGAGCUUAGGAAUCAGGCUUUGUAUAAAGCAGUGUUCAGGAACGGUAUGUCCGAUAUCACGCACAUCUCAUUUAGCUUGCCUGAUAUCGAGGGAACAGGCGCAAUUUUCUAUGUGUACAUUUUCACGAUGUCUGUAGCAAACGUGAUUGUCAUUUCAAGGCUUUCGCGCGAUUUGUCAACAAUGCUGGCAAGCCUCGAACGUAUCACACACGCCAUUUUAACGCAACGCCUCCUCCUCUCUCUCCGCAAAGCAGUUACAGAACCGGGAGCAGACGAAAUAGAGAAGGUAGAGACUAUGCGCUUUGGCGAAGCCCCACGCGGUGCUACCGAUACCGAGACAGGGUUUGGGACGAGUGUUCUCAUGUCAACCCUAAGUGGACGAUAUUCCUCCGACUUCUAG